UUGCUUGAGCGUGCGUUACUUCAGCUUUAUUCCAAUUUUUUUGUGUUAAAUUUUACGGAUCAACAUGAAUUUCGACUUCUCUGUUUCGUCAACCGCUUUUCGGGCUCUCUUGAAUAUGGACGUGACCAAACUAACAAAAUUAUCAGAAGAAGAAAUUCGACCAAUUCUACCUUCCCUUGUCCGCAUGGGACUGAUAUCUGUUCCAGACUCAACCCUCAAUAACUCAGAGAAUCGCCGAAUCAUGUUGGCUUUUUUACUUGGAGUUGAACUCGUUAACUCAAUAGUUGCUCUUUUAUCUGUGGACUUCAAUGGAUUGGAAGCAGACGCUAAACGAGAACAACUCUUGAGACAAAAGAUUGGAAACUCUCAGGCAGAAAGUAUUUUGGCUCAGAACAUUGAAAGUGGCAUUGCCCUGGAUUAUGAGAGAGGUGAUUCUGUCAGGCGUCUGAGACUAGUCCUCAGUGAACUUCUGUUCAUACAGUCAAAGAUUUCGGAGCAUAAAAAUGAUGCUGACUUUUACAUUAAACAAUCGGAUUUGUUUGACUACCCUGUUUUUGUACCAGAAGUCAGUGAUGCAAUUAGUUUGAUUCUGGCUGAAUUGCCUUGCCUGCUAUCCAUAACGGACAUGGUGGAAAUACUCUUACAUGUCAAGCAUGGCCCCGAUAUUAUUUGUUGGACUGUUGCCAAUUUUCCAGACUGUUUCAAUGAAGUUGCAAUCAGCUUGAUUUCCAACUGUGAUAAGCAAGAAGAAGACAAUGGGGGUGUCAAAGUUCGGACACAAGCCUUAAGCGCAUUAUGCGAAAUGUAUCCCCCAGGGGCUUUCCUUGUUCGCUCAAAAUGUGUGGAGUUGUGUAGAAUGCCUGCCUUAACUAUUUCCCUCACUCUAGAUCAUGGUGGAAGUGAUGCUAGUGAUUUAGUUGCAUUCGUCUCUGGUUUACUUCUUGGCAAUGAUCAAUUUACCAGAAACUGGUUUGCCAUGUUCAUACGCAAUCGUCAAAAGCGAAACAAGGAAUCCAACAAUGCUUUACAGUCACUGAGGACAGCCUUACUGCAUCAUUUAGAAGAAAUCGUAGAGCUCUCUAAAGGAGGAAAGCUGCCCAAAUCUCAUGUAGUUCAAGCUUCAGCUCUGUUGAGGCUUUAUUGUGCUUUGCGAGGAAUUGCUGGAAUAAAGUUUCAAGAAAAUGAAAUUUCACUCAUCGUUCAGCUUUUGACCUCUCAGCCUACACCAUCGCCAGAGGGUGUCCGAUUCGUCUCACUCGGCCUGUGCAUGUUGAUUGCUUGCCCAUCGUUGAUAAGUAUUCAAGAACACGAGACAAAAAGCAUUGAGUGGGUCAGGUGGCUAGUUAAGGAGGAGGCGUAUUUUGAAAGUGCCAGUGGUAUAUCAGCUUCUUUCGGUGAGAUGUUGCUCCUGAUGGCAAUUCAUUUCCAUAGCAAUCAGCUGAGUGCAAUUUGUGAUCUUGUGUGUUCUACAAUUGGUAUGAAAAUUCCCAUCAGACAUAAUACUAUGGCACGGAUGAAAGUUAUUUUCACGCAAGAAAUUUUCACAGAACAGGUUGUCACUUCUCAUGCUGUCAAAGUUCCAGUAACGACGAAUCUAAAUGGUAACAUAAGUGGCUUCCUUCCAAUCCACUGUAUUCACCAAUUGUUGAAAAGUCGUGCGUUCACAAAGUACAAAGUAUCCAUUAAAGAUUGGAUCUAUCGUCAGAUAUGUUCUAGUGUCCCUCCUUUGCACCCUUGCCUACCUGCUCUAGUUGAAGUUUAUGUCAAUUCAAUCCUGUUUCCUGUAAAGGGGACCUAUGAAAAUACAAACCAGCCAAUCAGUGAAGAUGAAAUUCGCAUCGUUUUUCGCAGUUGCACAAGAACAGUCUCAAAAGGCAGAAGCAAAACCUAUAUUCCUGAAAGCCCUGACAGUAAUGCAUCUUUAACCUCUCAACUACUGUUACUUUACUAUGUUCUUCUGUAUGAAGACGUCAGGUUGAGCAACAUGCCAAUUAUAAAUGCAAAUACGAGUAAUAAAAACAAAAUAAAAAAGUACUCAAAUGAAUUUCUAGCUGAACUGCCCAUCAAAUACUUACUGCAGCAAGCUCAGAAGCAUCAGCAAAACUUUGCUGGACUCUUUUCCCCACUGCUUCGUCUGCUCGCUACACAUUUUCCGCAUCUGUCAUUGGUUGAUGACUGGCUGGAUGAUGAAGACUUGAAAUGCAUAGCUGAGACACAUACGCGCACAAUCUCUGAGGCAAUGAUCAAUGAUACCCUGAGCGUGAUGGCAACAUGUCCAUCUCAUACAAGCCAAUUGCUUAUGCAGCUUCUGUCAAUGCUGCCAACCCAAAUCUGGUCAUACGCGCAUACGAUAAUUGCGCAUUUCAGAAACAUACUAGACCCUGGAGUUCCAAGACAUGUUCAAGAAUUAUAUAAGCAAGUUUGGCUGAAGCUGAACACAGUUCUUCCCCGGUGCCUUUGGGUAAUGACAAUCAAUGCGCUUGUCCAUGAAAAAACUAUGCUACCAAAUAUUAAUCUGAACCAAGAAAAUAUAAUCUUGGACCCACUUCAAGUUCUUCGCUGUGAUACUAGAGUUUUUAGGUGUGCUCCAAUCCUGAAAGUUCUUCUGCAUGUUCUUCAGGCGUGUUUAGCCGCUUCGCGAAGUCAGCUCCACCAACACAUUCAAGAGAAUCCUCUCAAUUCAGCUGGUGCGGCUAACACCAUCAACAACGGAACAUAUUUAACUUCAGAACAUGAACGUGAUGAUCUUAAGCAUGCAUUAAUUGCAGCUCAAGAAAGCGUUGCCGUGCAGAUUUUGUUGGAAGCUUGUCAGGAAACUUACAAAGAUAGGGAAGUAAAUGGACAGUUCUGGGCUUUGCGUGAAGUGCGGAGUGUUAUUUGUUCCUUUUUGCACCAAAUCUUUAUAGCAGAGCCAAAUUUAGUCAAAUUAGUGCACUUUCAGGGAUAUCCAUGUGACUUACUUCCAGUCUCUGUACCUGGAAUACCUUCCAUGCAUAUUUGUCUAGAUUUUAUUCCUGAACUUCUCAGUCAGCCGUCAUUGGACAAGCAAAUUUUUGCUGUGGACUUGAUCUCGUAUCUAUCCAUCCAAUAUGCACUACCCAAAUCAAUGAGUGUCGCACGUCUUGCUGUCAAUACCCUCUCUACUCUAUUAACAGUUCUGUGCAGUGAUAGCAGAGUUGAACUUUUCGUGGCAACAUUACCAGCCCUCGCUAGAACGUGCAAAGCAUUUCCUCCUUUGAUCGAAGACGUUGUGUCUCUUCUAAUCCAGCUGGGUAGGAUUUGCAUCUCGGAGGCAUCACUAACCUCUACUUAUCCUGUACAGUGUUGGAGUACAAAUACUAAUAACUCUCAUAAUACAGCAGACUCAGACCAUGAGAGGAACCUCAAACGUAUUCAAUUUGGACAGUAUUCAAAUGAGUACUUGUGCCAACAAAUCCAGGAUGUUUUUGAAAAAAUCAUCGCUCAAGCAGUUUUGGAGACCAAAGUGUAUUGAUAAGUUUUGAAACCGUUGGCUGGGACACUGAGUCUUCUAUAAGAAUUUUGUAAGGUUUAAAUGACAAUUAAAACCCCUUAAAAAUAGUUACAUCCACAUAAUUAAUACUUCAAGUUAAAAAAUGUGCUUUCCUUGUGUUUCUUUAAAAAUUUUCCUACGUGUCGUAAGUAACGUAGCUAAAGUUCAUCAGCUGUCAACCAGUCUGAAUCUCUUUACCGCCAUGUUUUUCAUUCUACUUGUGUUUAGAGAGCCACUGUGCAAAUUCGUAUGAUUUUUUGAACAGAUGGUCGUAUUGGUCGGCAAUUGUUUUCUGUAAAAUUUCUUCCCUGAUAAUUUAGAUGGAGUGAUCUACGAUUCUCGGAACGGAUCCCAUCAAAAUUUUAACAAUUAUCGUAUUGAGUUAAUCUUGAAAAUUUUGAGAAGCUGAAAUGCUCUAUAAUGCAUUCACACCUCUUUUUUUUUAGUUAUCUUACUAAGUUUAUUUCGAACUUUUCUCGAGUACAGUUUGUCGAUACAAGGAUACCAACAUUACGCCAAUAGAGACAAGAAAAUAGGGUAAAAUAGGUAGAAACUCUCUCCAGAAAUCAUUUUACUUAUUUUUUUAUUCAAAAUGACUAUAUAUUUCAGGGAUAGAAUCUUCUAGCCAUUUUUUUUUACUCCUAGCUUAACACAAAGACUUACAAGAAGGCUUUCUCCUCGUCAAUUUUUGCAACAUGAAUGUGAAAAUUGUCAUACUACUCCUGAGAGCAGUUGUUGUACUCGGAUUGUUCAGUGUGAGGUAGUAAUGAUAUAGUUUUUUUUUUUUUUUUUUUUUUUUUUUUUUUUUUUUUUUUUUUAAUGCAGGAACAAGACUAACCACAGUCAUGUAGACAAUUUUUUUUUUUUUUUUGUAUUUUCUAAAAUGAGCAAGCUUUCUUCGAAGCAAACUUUUCAAAUUGAUUCUGUUGAAUAUAUUUUUCAACAAAAAAAGAAAACUUAAUUGAAAGGUUUUUCAAAGCGUUUAUCUACCUGUGCCAAAGAUGCAUCUGGAGUGAAUUAAGUGUAGUACUCAAUUUGCCGGCAAUCAAGAUUUCUUAUGCUCUUUUCCUAUUAUUUAGCAAGUGCUGUGUACAUAUACAUUUUUCCUAUCAUAUUUCCAAGUGUUGUAUCAUCUUCAAACUUCAAUGUAAUUUUUUGUUUACCGAUGUAAAUUUUUUGUUGGUACAUGUGUAUUUUGUUACAGAAUAAAAACCCAAAAAGCUGAA